AUGGAGCACAGAAAGUCCACAGGCAAAAGAUCAGAAGAAGGAUCGGAAGGGGCAGAAGAAGAACCCAAUGAAACUCAGGGAGAAUUUGAAGAGGUGGCUGAGAGGUCUUCCAUUUCAAGCCAGACUAUGUCUGAUGAUGAGCAGAGUGCAUGGCAGACAGAAUCAGAGGAGGAAGAUGAAGAUGCUGAGGCUGGACCAUCAGACAGCAGGAAACAACCAAAGCAAAUUGAGGGGGGAAAGACUGUCAGAAGGAAACCCACCCAGCAAAGGAAGCAGAAGAAGAACCUGUUCCUUGUGGGGAAGUACACAAGGCAUCCAGUGAACACCAUCAGACCUGCACAUUGGAGGAAGAAGAUUUUAUUCCACAUGAAGAUGCAGGGUCAUUCUCUGAAGAUUGAUCCCCAAGAGAGAUCAGAUGCUGUGCAGGAGACUGUUGACAAAGGAGAAGAACCUAGCACAUCAGAAGGAGGACCAAGGGAGGAAGAGGUGGAAGAGGUUUUGAGCAAUCAGGAUAGAUCCAGAAGGAAGAAGGGAAAUUAUACGAAAGAGAAGGACAAACCCAUUUCAUCUCAGAGUGGAGUCCACCUUGAGCAAGAAGAACAAACAGGAGAGAGACACCUUGAUGCUCAUUUGAGAAUCCACACAGAGGAGAAAACCAGUCAAAGCUCAGAGACAGUGAAAAGUGACUGUCUGAGCAAACCAAAUGUGAAGGAUCCAAUGCUCGGCACAGAGGGGAAAAGUCACACAUGUUUGGAGGAUAAAUCAACCCUUACUCAACAUGAACGAACUCACACAGGAGAAAAACCCUUUAAAUGCUCAAGCUGUGAAAAAUGCUUCAGGGAUAGGUCAGCCCUUGCCAGUCAUGAAAGAAUUCACACAGGGGAGAAACCCUUUAAAUGCUCAAGCUGUGAAAAAUGCUACAGUGAUAGAUCAGCCCUCGCCAAACAUGAAAAAAUGCACGCAGGAGAGAAACCCUUUAAAUGCUCAAACUGUGAAAAAUGCUUUAGUGAGAGAUCAGACCUUACCAAACAUGAAAGAAUUCACACAGGACAGAAACCCUUUAAAUGCUCCAACUGUGAAAAAUGCUUCACUGAUAAAUCAGCCCUUACCAAACAUGAAAGAAUUCACAAAAGAGAGAAAACCUAUAAGUGUAAUGAAUGUGGAAAGAGCUUCACUGUUAGCUCCGACCUCAAGUUACAUCAACAAAUUCACUCAGGAGUGAAACCAUUUACAUGUGAAGUAUGUGAAAAGAAGUUCAACGAGAGAGCAGCCCUCAUCAAACAUCAAAAGUGCCAUUCACGGGAGAAACCCUAUCAAUGCAACGAAUGUGGAAAAUGUUAUGCUAACAUCUCAUCUCUUACUGUACAUGGUAGAAUUCACAAAGGAGAGAAACGUUAUCAAUGUUCUGUGUGCAGUGAAACAUUCCGUUACAAGUAUCAGCUUGUUACACAUCAAAGAACUCAUACACAGGAGGAGACUCAUACACAGGAGACUUCCUAG